GCGGUAUGCGCUGCGGCCGCUGCGGAGAAGGGGCCUGUGGUUGUGGUCGACAACUACGACUCCUUCACCUACAACCUGUGCCAGUAUCUCGGCGACCUGGGCUGCGAGUACGUAGUCUUUCCCAACGAUGCCAAGACCGUGGAGGAGAUCAGGGCCAUGAACCCGCGCGGCAUCCUGGUCUCGCCCGGCCCCGGGCGCCCCGAGGACAGCGGCAUCUCCCUUGAGAUCGUUGAGAAGCUGGGCCCGCUGGGCUUCCCCGUGUUUGGCGUGUGCAUGGGCCACCAGUGCAUCGGGCAGGUUUUUGGCGGCAACGUGGUGCGCGCGCCCAGCGGCGUGAUGCACGGCAAGACCAGCCCCGUGUUCCACACGAGCGUCGGCCUGCUGGAAGGCCUGGACAACCCCUUCAAGGCAGCCCGCUACCACAGCCUGGUCAUAGACAAGGAGAGCUGCCCAGAGGAGCUGGAAGUCACCGCCUGGUGCGAGGACGGCACCAUCAUGGGCGUGCGCCACCGCGCCUACCCCCACAUCCAGGGCGUGCAGUUCCACCCAGAGUCCAUCAUCACCGACAACGGCAUGCGCAUCGUCAGGAACUUUGUGGAG